AUGUCGCUGCAAAUUGCAGACAAAGAACACAGACUCUUCCCUCCUCAUGUCAUGUCAAUGUUCAACUUCAAGUUCCCCACUUUAACCAUUGGUCACACUCUCUUUUCUCUCUCUCUUCAUCUAUGA